CACUAUGUCAGACGCAGCUGUAAACACCAGCUCUGAAAUCACCACCAAGGACUUGAAGGAGAAGAAGGAAGUUGUAGAAGAGGCGGAAAAUGGAAGAGACGCCCCUGCUAAUGGAAAUACUGAUGAGGAAAAUGGGGUGCAGGAGGCUGACAAUGAGGUAGAUGAAGAAGAGGAAGAAGGUAGGGUGGAAGAGGAGGAGGAGGAGGAAGGUGAUGGUGAGGAGGAGGAUGGAGAUGAAGAUGAGGAGGCUGAGCCUGCUACCGUCAAGUGUGCAGGUGAAGAUGCUGAGGAUGACCAUGUCCAUACCAAGAAGCAGAAGACCGACGAGCAUGACCAGACAGCAAAAACAGAAAAGUUAAACUAAAAGAAAACAAAACCUAUUCACCCUCCACUUCCCGUCUCAGAAUCUAAACGUGGUCACCUUCGAGUAGAGAGGCCAGCCCGCCCGCCCACCACGGGCAGCGCCACCCGCAGAGGACACGACGCGCCCUCCACUACCCAACCCAAACCA